AUGGACCCUCAAGCCUACCUAAUGAACCAAGGGUGGUCAGGCCCUGGGAACCCUUUAAAUCCUUCUAGACGGCCAGGCGCACACGGUGGGCUUGGUCUAACAAAACCGAUUCUUGUUGCACGGAAGAAAAAUACACAUGGCAUUGGAAAGAAGACGACACACGAUCACACAAACCAAUGGUGGCUACGCGGGUUCGAGGCAGCACUGCGCGGUAUAGGAACAGACGGAAAUGUGACUCCUGGUAGUGGAGAGUCUACUCCCGAAACUCCAAAGAGUGAGCUCUACAAGUUUUUCGUACGAGGACCGGGGCUUGCAGGUACUAUCAAACCGAAUGAAUAUAGCAAACCCUUACAAUCAUUACGCCCGGAUGGUGAUACUCCUUCCAGCUCUGUCGAUAGCGGCACAUCAAACCAAAAGAAAAAGAGAAAACGAGAAAAUAUAGAAGCAUCACCUACCGUCGAUGCAUCUCAAGGAAAGAAAGAAAGGAAGAAAAAGAGUAGGGAUAAGAAGCAAAGGUUAACCAUCUGUGGUAUUGCCACCCCACCAGAGGAGGACCAUAAGGAACAAACCCCUUACAUUGAAACUGUGGAGUCUAUGAAAGAAGAGAUAUCAGGGGGAAAGAAAAGGAAAAAGGAAGAGAGAAGGGAGAAGAAAAAGCGGCAGGCCGAAGCUGUGGCUACUGAACUUCACACAAAAUCUAGAACAUCCGAUCAAUCAUCGGAUGAAGAUUCUCCAAAGAAAGAGCAGGAAAGAAAAAGAGCUGCUAAGAAGGCUAGAAUAGAAGAGAAACAGGGGAAGAAGAAGGAGAAGGAGAAAAGCGAGAAAAAGGCUCAUAGGAGAGUGAAGAGGAGCAUGACAGCUGAUGAGAUAGAUACCCCAUUUGCAUUGAAUCUUGUAUUUUCAGGUUUCAUGGCUUUGUUUGCUAUUUGGAAGUUUCCCGGCUUUGUGUCGUCCCAUUCCCCAUCGUCGGACACUUUUGCGCUGGAGGUAUUCUUAACUUCUUCCAACUCAUACUACCCAUCUGCUACGUUAGACAUGCAGGUGGUAGCAAUAGACUUAAUCCAACGAUUUGAAACUCACAUCUCGGAACAAAACGCUCCCCUUCUUGAAUAUUUCGGGUUCGUUGUUAUAGUUGAUCCCAUAUCUCGAAAAAAGGAUCUCAUUUUUAUCGGAUGA